AUGUCAUACCUAUUCUCGGCCAUCAGGGAUUACGUCCGUCCUCAUACCACAACUAAUGCUGAAUCAACCGAAGAAGCCUCCACAGGAAACACAACUCAAAACAGCACCAUCACCGUCCCCCAAAAAGAUACCCUUGCACCAGCAACUACAACAGCCUCUCACCCAUAUGCAAACAAUGUCAACAGUGGCCAGAACAGGAUAAUGGUCCAGCCUGCAUCUAAAAACAGCUCCCUCUCCAUCCCAACAAUCUCGUUGAACUCGCUCCAACCACCUGUCAUCCGAACAACCUCUUCUGACGGUAGCAGCGACGACUCGGACUCGGACUCCGAGAAUGAUUCGUCCGAGGUUAAGAUUGCGACGCCGUAUCUUGCCACCUCAACAGCAAUAGAUACGCCUUUCAUGACCCUCUCCACUGCUGAUGAUCCGGACAAUGAGGUGACGCCUAGUUUCCCAGCAGUAGGUGGACCCCAGCGCCUGGCUGCCUGCUCGACGGAUCCAAAGUCAAAGAGGAGGAUCAAGUUUGCCCUGGCACCUGGACAUUCUCCUCUCGACUGGGCUCGUCUCACCACCUCUGGAAAAGACCUUCGCGGUGUGGAUUCAUUUGGCCGUUACACAUUGGAAGAUGUCAAAGAACACAAGAGCUAUGACGAUGCAUGGACAGUACUCAACGGCAAAGUCUACAACAUGACGGCAUACCUGCCCUUCCAUCCUGGAGGAGAGAAAGAGAUCAUGCGCUGUGCUGGUCGUGACGGCACACGGCUCUUCAAUUUGACACACAAAUGGGUCAACUACGAGUAUAUGUUGAAGGAGUGCCAGGUCGGGUUCUUGGUGUCCGACGGGCCCUCUUCAAACAAGCUCCGGGCACAAUAA